AGGGGUGAAGAGCAAGAGAGCAGAGAGGGAGCAGCCGUUACUCGAAACCUCUUCGUGUCAACUGUCAACCAAAAAUUCACUCUCUUCUUCUCAGUGUUUGACAUUGAACGAUCGGAGGUUCCCAACAGAGUGAACAAUGCAAUCCGGCGAAGGUACCAUUUCCAUACAAUCUAAUGAAGACACCAGUUCCAUGGAAGUUGAAAGAGUUCCAGCCGAACCGGAACCUGUAAAACCUGCAUACGGAUUUUUUCCAAAGCCAAACUUUCAGCCUUUGAAGGCUCAUGAGAUGACUGAAGGUCAGGUACAGUUUCGGAAGGUUUCUGUUCCGCCGCAUCGGUAUACACCUCUCAAAAAAACAUGGAUGGAAAUUUAUACUCCAAUAUACGAGCAGAUGAAGAUUGACAUCCGCAUGAAUCUCAAGGCUCGCAAGGUUGAACUGAAGACCAGAACAGACACACCUGACAUCAGCAACCUCCAGAAAUGUGCCGAUUUUGUUCAUGCAUUCAUGCUUGGAUUUGAUGUGAUAGAUGCAAUUGCCCUCCUGCGUAUGGAAGAGCUCUAUGUAGAAUCUUUUGAGAUCAAGGAUGUUAAAACCCUUCGAGGAGAGCACCUAUCUCGUGCCAUAGGAAGACUGUCCGGUAAAGGAGGUAAAACAAAGUUUGCUAUUGAGAACUCUACAAAGACGCGGAUUGUAAUUGCAGACACCAAGAUUCACAUAUUAGGAUCUUUUGCAAACAUUAAAAUUGCAAGGGAUUCUCUAUGUAGCCUUAUCUUAGGUUCCCCUGCUGGAAAGGUAUAUUCAAAACUUAGAGCUGUCACUGCCAGAUUGGCAGAAAGGUUUUGAUAUUUCAUAUUUGCUAUUAUUGGAGGCUAUGUUCUAAAUAUUGGAUUGUCUACUAUAGUAUUUGAGUAUUUGAGCAUUAUUGUGUCGUUUGAUAUGAAUUUUCUGGUGUGUAACUUAGCUGUCUGGAUGCUUAUUGCUAUUGAAGCAAUUGUACCUGUAUUAAUUUAAUUAAUAUAUUUUUAUUUUUAUUUUUAUGUUUA